AUGUCGUCGCGAAUCUUUUAUUUCUUGCUUUAUGCCUUUUUCGGUGGUGCCAUAUGUGCGGAGGGCCUGAAAAAGUACACCUUGGUGCUGCUGGCACUUGGAAAAUGCCUACUGCUAGUACUGAAUAUUGUUCUCCUCGUUUUCUGGUGUUUGCCGCACUCUCCAAGAACAAGGAUCUCGGUUCCGUCCGCUGCGAUCGCGGUGACCAGCACCCUGGCGUUGCUACUGCUAUCAUUCUAUGAGCAUACACGAUCACUGAGGCCUUCGAGCUUGAUUUGCAUGUAUUUGCUGGGCAGCGUAAUAUUUGAAAUUGCGCAAGUCCGGACUCUGUGGCUGUUGCAUCUUACAAGCUACCCGAUCGCAGCGACAGCCACGAGUGCACUCACAACCCGAUUUUUGUUGCUUCUGCUGGAGACGUAUGAAAAGAGAAAACAUUUUAUCCCACAAUACGAUCGUAUCUCACCAGAAAGUUCAACCGGGAUCUUCAGUCACAGUACCUAUUGGUGGCUCAAUCGGUUCUUUAUUGGUGGCUUCCGAGGCAACCUAUCCCUCGAUGAUCUAUAUCCCCUGGACGAAGAACUCUCUUUUAAGUCUAUUGCCUCCGGCCAUCAUCAGGGAUGGAAGAACAACGAAGAAAAAUGCACGCGACGGCUCGCACUGCUCUGUAAAGUCAUCUACGAUUUGAAGUGGACAGUGGCAGCGGCAGUCGUUCCUCGCCUUUGUUUAGUUGGGUUCAAAUUCGCUCAGCCCUAUCUCAUUAACGACCUUAUUGGCUACGUUUCCAAGAAUGGCUCCAGUGAGUUAUCUGGGGUCAAAUAUGGAAUCGUCGGCGCGACGGUGUUAGUUUAUGUGGGGAUAGCAGUAAGCACUGCUCUCUACAAGCGUCAAGUUGUCCGCAUGCUCACUAUGACUCGCGGGUCGUUAGUUACAAUGAUAUAUGCAAAGACACUACGCCAAGCUGCGGACCCCCGUCAAGAGGCUAGCUCGACCACGUUGAUGAGCACCGAUAUUGAUCGAAUUGCCACCGGGCUAUUAGACUCCCAUGAGCUCUGGGCAUCCCCAAUAGAGAUUGUUAUUGCGCUGGUGCUUUUGGGCAGAUCUAUUGGAUACCCCUCGGUAGCUGCUCUGGGUGUUGCUCUAGUAAGCGUUCUAGGAUGCUCCUAUCUCGCCCCCAAAGCGCGAGAAAUGCAAAAAACCUGGGUACAUGCUGUUCAAGAGAGAGUUAAUUUUACUUCGGUGGUUCUGAAGGAAAUGCGCCAAAUCAAGAUGUUUGGUGUUGAGACGGACGUGGCUUCUAAAACACACAGCCUUCGCCAAUUGGAACUACAUCAAUCUAAGCCCUUCCGGUCAAUGGUUGUUGCUGUCAAUGUUCUGGGCGCAAUAUCGACUGCCAUCGCCCCCGCUCUAACAAUAGCCGUGUACGCCGCUACACAGCUGAACCUCGGGCUAGAGACACCCAACACUGAUGUUACCUUCACAUCUUUGUCCUUGAUUUCUCUGUUGACAGAGCCCGUGGUACUGUUAUCUGCCUCUUUGACUAGAUUCACAUCCGCUAUUGGCUGUUUUGAUCGGAUUCAAGAAUUUAUUUGCAAGGAAAACCAAGUGGACGAAGAUCCAUCCGUUGAUAAAUAUCUGGUACUCGAUAGCGCGUCAGGGAUCGAACUUCAAUCAGCAUCGACUCAGCCCGAGGCUCUUGUCUGCAUGACUGAUUGCUGCUUUAGCUUGGGCUUAGUUCACCCAGCAAUACUCCGUGGGCUAACGCUGAAGAUACAACGCGCUUCGUUUUCAGCCGUGACUGGCCCUAUUGGCUCUGGUAAGUCAUUCUUGCUCAAAGCAAUGCUGCGUGAGAUGCACCGCACAAAAGGAAGUUUUUCUGUCAGUUCAGUGAAGACUGCGUAUUGCCAGCAAUCUCCAUGGAUAUUCAAUGGCACACUAAGAGCAAACAUUAUCGGAGAAUCGCCUCUUGACGAAAGGUGGCUCAAAGAAGUGGUGUAUGUGUGCAACCUGGACGUUGAAAGCACUAUCCUUUCUCUUGGUCUCGACACAGUAGCUGGGAGCUCGGGAGCCCAGCUUAGUGGAGGACAGAAGCAGCGAGUAGCUUUGGCCAGAGCAGUCUACGUAAGGCCGUCUUUGCUGGUUUUAGAUGACAUCUUCGGCGCUUUGGACGCAGUGACAUCGAGGUCAAUUUUUGAGCGACUGCUUGGUCGUACUGGACUGGCCAGGAGGCUGGACAUCGCAACCAUUCUCGUGACAACAGCUGUGAAACAUCUGAAAGAAGCCGAUAAUUUGAUUGUUCUUUCAAAAGAUGGCCACAUGGAAGGCCAAGGGUCUUUCGAGGAACUGGCGAAGAAGAAUCAGUACAUACAGAGCCUUUCAUGUUCCGCAGGUCCCGAAGACAGGGAGGCCGAAGAAGAGAGCAAACAAAGUGACCCCCAGCUAGGGCGAACACAGGAAGCGAAGAAAGAAACCGGAAAAACACCCAAAAGAGAGACAGUUUCCAAUAUCUCUCGAGGCGAUGGGGACAUCUCGCUCUACACCUACUACAUCAAUUCGUUUGGUUGGUGGGUAUUUGGGGUAGCGCUGCUUGAGUAUCAGACUGAAUUUGUUGCUGAUGAGCUUUUAGAUCACCUUGGCCUAGCCUGGCCCAGAUAG